AUGCAAAAUCGGCCAUCAUCUAGCACAGCCUUAGGUGUCGGAUCCGCAAUCUCUUCAUUGAAAUCAGUCUACAGCUCCGCAAACGCAUUAAAUGAGGAUAUAGAAGAGUUGUUGGAACAUAUUCGGGUGGUGGAGGAGCUACCUGCUUCAACGAAUCUCGCGAUGGUUGAAGGAUGGAGGUCAAGGUUAUUGACUAAGCUGCGGAUGAAGAUGACGGAACUUGAGUUGGAUUAUCGACGUGUUGUUGACUCCCAGUGGAAGGAACAUCUCACAACUGUAAAAGAAGCUGGUUCAUCCAUCUGCGGAAUAAGUUUCACGUUCGCGAACGACCUGCGUGUCGUGGAUGAUUUCUUUACGAAGGCCCAUAACACUGCGUCGAAGAACGUUAUUUUCAAUUCAAAUAUUCGCAUUGGCCUACCCACCUUGACACGUCAAGUGGACUUAGCUAUAGCGAGGCUUCUAUCAGAUAUCAAAACAUAUGCCAGUUCGUACUGA